UUUCAUCAUCCGGGUUAUGCAGAAUCGAACAUAAAGCGCUUCCUUUUAUCAUAUUGUUUCAGUGAUUGCUCAAAAUGUCAGAAGAUUUGAAGAAAAGAUUAGAAUUUCCAAACUCGCUUAUUCAGACACAGGCGGUUGCCCACUUGGUUGCUUCUGUAUUGAAAGAAAAUGCUUCUUCUGGGAUUAUCAAACAAUCUUCAAAUCAGACUCCAUCCCUGAAUGUCCUCUGGGAGAAGUGCUGCUGUGACAAUGUUGUAGUGAGGACAGCCUGUUGCGACGCCCUGGUAACAUUAGUACAACAGAAACAUGCAUAUUUCACCUAUGUUCUCAAUGGUGUCCUAAACCUUAUCCCUUCUGCCAGUUAUUUGCAGGGAUUGGUAAGGUGUGUUUGGCGGCUGCUUCAAAUUGAAGCACGGAAUGCAGAUCAAGAUAGAGACCAAACCUACAAGUGCGCUUAUAAGAUCUGGAACCCCCCACAUCCAUUUAUCACCAUGCUCGAAAACAGACCUAGCUGUUGGGCCCGUCCUUUUUGCAGCAGAAUCUCUGCUAUGUCUCCACUCUCUUCACACUGGGAUGACCCAUCUACUAUUAACAUGCUGACACCUUUUCUGAGAUACUUGUUUUGCGAGCCUUCACAAGUUCAGGAGUUGUGUGCCUUCCGAUUGGGCAUAAGGAAAGCUUUACUUCAUUCAGAUCCAAAACAAGUCGUCCGCCUGUUAUUUGAUUUAAUAGGCUACAUGCAGCUCUCAGAUUGUGCACAAGUGACGGAAGCUACCAUGUACAUGAAGGAUAUGUGUACAAAAUUUUUUGAACAUCCUGACUUUUGGAGAAAUGAGCUUUGUCUGCUGUCACUACAGGCUUUGUGUGUGUGUGAGUACAGCCUAAAAGUCACUGGUGACUGCUCCACCCUCCUACAAAUUCUGGAAGAAAAUAUCAACCUGCUGAAAAAAGGUUUUCCUAAAGAACAGAUUUUAACUGGACUUAGCUUGCUUCUGCUGCAGUCUCCAUGCAAUCAUCAUAAGCAAAUUCUAAAUUUAGCUCUAAAGAUUUUGGUAUUACCAGAUGGAAGCAAAGCUCCAGCCAUUGCUGAAGUGUUGAUUAUGCCGAUAUUACAUGUAUUAUCAUCAGCAACCUUGUCAGACUGCUUCAGCGAGAAGGAUAGAGGAAUGCCUUUACAGCAAUUGGCGCUAACGGUUUUGGAGAAAGUACAAGACACAGAGAAGGAGAAAGAAAAAGUGCUGUAUGUGGUGCUGCCUCUUCCCCUGGCUUCCUGGCACUGCACAGUGACCUCUACCCUGAAGAUCUUAAACAUGCUUAGAGAUGAUAUGACCGCGGCCUGCAGCUGGCUGGCUUCUCUGUCUUCAGUGCUUCCCUUCACCAGCUCUGUGCCCACACAUGUGUCGCUGCUGCUGGGAUAUCUACUUAUCCAUGAAACGGGAGAAAAUUUGAGAAGCGUUCUGAAAGUCAUCAGUGAAGUUGCCAAAACGGAUUCUUCUCAGGUCCCCUACUUGGUUUCAGUGUUGAUGUUCAGACUUGGUCAUACCCAGGAUCCUGAACUGGCCCAUGAAAUUCUGUAUACACUGCCUGCCUUGGGUACACAUAAGGUGUGCGUGCCACAGAUCUUGCGGGCUUUGCAGAUGAUAGGCAGUACAUCAAAGCUUCAACCCAUCACGCUGCGUUUGAUGACUUCCUUGUGGGAGAAGCAGGAUCGAGUCUAUCCAGAACUUCAGAAACUGAUUGCCAAGGCUGAUUCUCAAAGCUUAUCAAUUGGGAAGGAGACACAGUGGGAAAAAACUGUUGCUAAAGCAGCAACUAUCAGAGACAUCUGCAAGCAAAGGCCGUAUCAGCAUGGGGCAGACAUGCUGGCUGCCAUUACUCAAGUGGUGAAUGAAUGUACUAAACCUGACCAUUCUACUCCUGCAGCCUUGGUAUUACAGGGUCUUCAUGCUCUAUGUCAGGCUGAGGUGGUGGACAUUCGAUCUACCUGGAAUGCUCUGUCUCCUAAACUAGGCUGUGACAAGCGUCCCCUUGUGCUGAAGGUGCUACAUGAAUUCUUUUCUUUGGUUCCUUCUUUAGUUGUGAAAUCAGAAGACUAUGAGAAAUUCAAAGCCGAAAUUCUCAGCAUCCUUUGGAGUCAUUCGCAGACUAACGAUCAUAGAGUGUGUAUAUCUGCGUACAAGUCACUCUGUGAGUUUGACUCUGAUGAACAUACUAUACUUCAUCUUCCUGAGCAGGCCAGACCAGAGAUUAUUCCACCAGAUGAAUGUGAAGAGACUGGAGAAGAGGAAGAUAAAGAAGUGGACCUAUCUGUACCAGGUUCUUCAUAUAUCAAACUCAUGGCUCUUACCCCUUCUUCUGUAUUACCUGCAUAUGAAGAGUUCCUUUCCUCACUGGUGAAACAGGAAAUGAGUCGCAUGCCACGUGGUGUCUAUCAUAAUGCCCUCAGAGGUGGCAUUAUAAGAUCUGACCAGGGGAAAGCUGUAGCGGGAAUCCCAAGUUUUAUGUUAAAAAUGUAUGAGAAAAACAAACAGCCCGGCCUCAAACCAGGACUUGCAGCCGGCAUGCUGCUGUGCUAUGACCUGCCGGUUCAGACGGACAGAGAUGGCAGACCCAUCAAUCGCUUUCUUGCCAGCCGGGGCCGCAGUUACCAGCAGAUGUUAACGGCUCUUAUACAUGAGGUAAAUAUCCAGACCUCUGAAUGGCAUCGAUCCAUCCUACUUCCACAGUCUUGGCUUUGCUUCAUGACAAGGACAUACCAUGCUGUACUGCAGGGCAGACAAGCUGAGCUGGAGAUGCAGCUGAAACAUGGAAAAGAUGACCCACAAGAAAUUCAGUAUAAGACAUUUACAGCUUGGCUAUGGGUGAGAGAUGCUCUUACUGAAGUCAUCCGGUCUGCAGUCAAAGAUAGCCCCGUGGUGAAGGGGAAUGCUCUCUUGGCACUUACCGGAUUAGCAGUUGCCGUAUCUAAAUAUGAAAGCAGUCUUCCUUCAGAAACUGAAGGUGCCCCAGAAAUUGGACAUGAUAUAUUGCCCACCAACGCAUGGCUUGGUAUGGUGGUUGAUACCCUGCUGAGUAUUAUCAACAGUCAUUACCAUCCCAAGGGCAGAAUCUUUCCUUGGUUCCAACAUAAAUCCUACUCCGGUGAGAACACUGCCAGUGUCAUUGCCCGCUCUUGUGCAGCCACAGGCCUGUCUCUGUUGGUCCCAGUACUCGUUAUGUCAUUUAAAGAAAAAGUUGAGGAAAUUCUAAACCUUCUCACAGCAAGGUUACCUGGGCGGCCAGCCGCAGAUGAUUCUCAGGCUCUACAAGUUCAUAUUGGACUGGCUCUUGGGAUGUUCAUCUCCCAUCUGUGUGAGGAGAAAAUCAGUGAUACUUCUGGGCAGCAAAUGAAUUUGCUAGUAAUGAAAUCACUGGAUGCACUGGAGAGCUGCUGCUUUGACCCCAGCCUGGAGUACAACAUUGGCUGCAUUCUAGGCGUGGGCUUGGUCCUUUCUUUCAUGUGUCAGAACAGUCAGACGGACAGCCGGGUCCAUGUCUCAGCUACUCUUCGUAAACUGGUUGAGUGUCUGGAUAACAGCAGUGACCAAAGCCGAGCUGUGCAAGAGGUCUUGUCAUAUGCCGUUGCUGGUGUUUCUGUGUCUGCGUUCAGUGCAGGCAUUUUAGGUGCUGAGGAGGCAGAACUACAUAUGAAUAAACUAAAGACUUUGACUGAGCAAAAUCAGCAGACAGCAGGUUUAGCUUUGGCACUGGGAAGUAUUGUUCACGGCUUGUCCGUGUGUGGCCAUGGGAAAGCUGAGGACUUGAACAAUCGCUUGCUGCCUGCCUGGAUAAAAAUCCUGCUUGCAGAGGGUUGUCCUACAAUGCAACGCUUAGCUGCACUCCAUGGACUUGUGGCCUUGGUCGGAUCUGAAUCAGGAGUCAUUCAACUAAAAUCUGAAGCUAUUCAGUCAUCUCUCUACCAAAGCAAACUUAAUGAAGUAAUAAAAACAAUUACUCAGAUUGUUAGCUUUUCUGGAGUUCUUGGCUUACAGACUAAUGCAGCUUGGAUCCUCGGAUAUCUUCACUUGUCUAGUCUGUCUUCAUCUCAGAGCAGAACUUCUGUUCCCCCAGAUUUCAGCUAUCUGCCUGAAAGAAGUUUAAUACGUGCUCUCGUGGAUUUCCUAGUUUCAGCCGGAAAGAAAGGCCCUGAAGCAAUCCCUCCAGCCUUGGUCAAGGUGUGUGUGUCGUCCAUUGCUGCAGCCGCUGAUGUUCAUCAGUACCCACCUGUUAACUGGGCAUCCAUACUUGCUCCUUUAAUGCGACUGAACUUUGGUGAUGAAAUCCAAAAACUCUGUGUCCAGAUAGCAGUAACUCAGGCCCAGACCUCUUCGAAUGCAGCUGUGCUGCUUGGCAUUUGGGUGGUACCACCCUUAGUUUACAGCCUUAAUGUCACAACCCGCUCAUACCUGGUUACUUCUCUGUCACUGUGGAUGAAGCACGUCUCUGAGGAUAAGCUGCAGACGUUUGCUAAUGUGUUCAUGAUUGCUCAGUUUGAUGCCCAAAUUAAGACAAUGGAUGUGACGACGUCGAAUAAUAUUUUGCUGGGUCUGGCCCAAGCUAUGAAGCUUCCUAACCCCCCACAACAUUGCUGGAGUUUUCUGUGUACAACCAUAGAAAGGCUAUACCAGCUAUUACCAGAUGAGAUUCAGAAGACUAACAUGGGGAUGUACAUUGAAGUCGCUAAAUGCAUCUCAGAAUUGGCAGAUAGUGAAGUUGAAAGGAUUUGCUGUAUUUCCAAGGACAACAUCCUAAAGUCUACUUUUGUUCGAGGGUACCUCAUUUCUCAAGGACGUCUGCCACUGUCAUGCUUAAGAGAAGUGAGAGAAGUAGCCCUAGAGUGCAAAGAUAAAAAGACUAUCAUUUGGAUGUUAUUACAGACCUUCUAUCAAGCAAGAGUCCUAAGCCAUCAGAAUACAGGCAUCUUAAAGCGAUUGGACUGGCUGCUGGAUUUGAUCAGUUACACUAGAAACAUAGCUUAUAAGUCCACACCUUUGCAGAAUGUUCUUCUAAGUAAGGGAGUGGACUUCCUGCUACAUGUUUUUGCUGUGUCUGUAGUGGCCUGGGGUGAUCGUACAACACCUUUACUUCUUGGGAUCCAUGGCAGCUGGUUGUCGUGGAAUCAUGAAUCCUCUUUUACCACUGGUUCUUUGGGAAAGCAGCCUAUGGACAUGUUGACCAUAAAUGAAUGUUUUACUGCGUUACCAGCAAGUUUGCAGUCGCUAUUAGCAAAAGAGCCUUGGAAGGAACAUGCUCAGAAGUUUAUUGAUUGGAUGAUAAACCUCCUUGAAAGUCCAGAAGGAGCCUUAUCAGAGGAAUCAAGAACUGUUCUGAAAGCUUCACUUUUUAACUUGAGAGGUCUUCCAGAGUUUAAGAGGAAAGCUGUGUGGACCAGAGCUUUUGGCUGGUAACCGUCUCCUGUUUCAUCAACUAGCCAUCAUAUGACUCAGGAAUGUCAUUUAUAUCAACGUCUGGUUAUUGAAUCAAGCCACAUUGAUUUGUGUAGUCCUGUAGUACUUUGUAAAAUGCCAGGCUGUAUUUGGACCAAAAGUGUCCUUUAUAUUUAAACUUACUGUCGGCUGUAUUUAAAGGGGUUUGUCCCAUUAAAACAACUUAUCCCCUAUCCAUGGAAUAGGGUAUAAGUGUCUAAUUGGUGGAGGUCUGACCACUGGGGCCCCCACCAAUCACGACAUUGGGGGCCUGUCUUCCUCCAUUUGAAUGCAGCAGGAGGCACACAUGCACAUCCGCCACUCCAUUCAACUCUAUGGGCCUGUUGAGUAUACUUAAGCAGAAGACUUGGUUAUCUAUGGCAGCCCCAUAGAC